AUGAACCGUGACCCACGGUUCAGGCAGUUUAGUUGGCAGUCAAUGUUUAGUUUUAAUGACAUCGACAAGCACGUUCAGGUACAUUUGAAAAAUGUCUAUAGUACGCUCUCCAUCGGGCUUAUUCUGUCCUGUGUUGCCGCGUACGCUUUCACGCUAUCGACAUUCCUACAGUCGAUGACCACGAUGUUGAUGGUAUUGUCAUUCAUUACAACCCUCGGUUCAAGUCUCUACAUCUACUUCACACCUCAUUCGACGGAAUCGCUCAGCGCACGUCUUUUUGCAUUCUUUUUAUUCGCAUUCAGCACAGGCCUUGGAUUUGGUCCACUUCUUCGUGUGGUUUCAAUCAUUAACCCCGAAACCAUUCCAACGGCUCUGCUUGGUGCUGCCGUCAUCUUCGUCUCCUUCUCAUUGGCCUCGCUGUUCACACGGAAACGGUACUAUCUCUACCUUGGUGCUUUGCUCAUGUCUGCGAUGAGCAUGUUGGCCACCUUCAGCUUCAUGAAUCUAUUCAUGCGUUCUCCCGCCAUCUACCAAGCCGAAUUGUAUAUUGGACUGAUGCUUUUCUGUGGAUUCGUUGUGUUUGACACGCAGAUGAUCGUCGAGAAGCGCAAAUGUGGUGAUACAGACUUCAUUUGGCAUACAUUAGACCUGUUUGUCGACUUCGUGGAGCUUUUCCGCCAUCUCCUAAUUAUAUUGAACUCCAAGCGAAAUCGCCGUGAAAAUGACGAUUAGCUUCCUGCCCUGCAAUAUUGCCCCGGGCUCGAUACCUUUGUCUACCCACCAGCACAGUGCACUGUUCGCUUCAUCAUCAGAAUCAUCACAAUCAUCCUUGACUACUUCGGCGCAGUCAUUGCUUCUGACGUGUAUUGUUUACUGUAUGCCGUCGAGAACACAAACUCCGAUGGAAACAAAUAAUUUACGACACUGGUGCACAGGAAUGUUUUUUUUUCGCGCUGCACACUGUAGUUGAAGUUACUCACCCCUGUUUGCGUGUGUGUCCUCUGAUUCAACAACUUUAUGUUCAAUAUUUUUCUUGAUAUGCUUUUUGGUGUCAGUCUGGUAGCUAUAGUUGGCUGCGCAUCGAAAUGUUUCAUUUAACAAGGGUCUUCAAGCAAGUUAUUCUACCUUUCGUCAUUAUGCGUUGUCCGGUCGGUCUCUUCCAGUUGCAUCAGAUAUGUGACUACACUAGUCCGCGAUCGGUCCAUUUGGAUGGCAUCCUCUGGUAUUUCCUCUACUUGGUCGGCUGAUACUACAUCACUCUAGAAUGUUGUGUGCACGCUAGACAUCUGACACC